CCUCGCGAUUGUGAUUCGGGACGCCAUUGGUCUGCGGGACGCGGUGCUUGCCGGGAGAUGUAGUCUCUUCUGCUCUGGCUCUGUUGCUCAGGGCAACCGGUCCCUCAGGCCUGAAUGUGGCGGCUGCCUCUGCGAAUGGACGGCGUGGGAGGAGAAUGGCUUCUGCAAGGAAAGCCAGCUGUCCCAUACGCGAUGUUUUUGGUGACUUCAGUGACACUUCCUUAGAAGAUUCAACAAUGGAAGAAAUCAGAAACUUCCAGAUCAGUAGAAAUCUUACCAAAAUAGCACCUGGUCAUAGCAGAUUUCUAAAAAGAAACCAAACUCUAGGUGAGAAACACUUACUCCUAAAAGAGAACCCUGUACUGGGGAGUGGACCCAGCCUUGCCUCAAGUAGACCGCCCACCACUGACUCCAGGGUCCGAGCCAAUGCCGCACUCAGGAAGCUGGCCCAGCUGGAAACCCGGAUCAUGAAUCGGAAGCUGCAGAGGAAUUUGUCUCACACAGAAUCUGACUCAACGACCACCAACGCCAGUCUUCCAAAGAGAGCUGACAGAAUCCUCUCCCGGGAUGCAAUCGAACUUGCGUCCCAGAACACAGACAAAACUUCCCAGAAUCAAGCCCGUGAACUUCCUGUCACCAAAAAUAAUGCACAGAACCCAAAGGUUAGUAGGUUUCUAAAGAAGAAACAACCAUCUGUUGAAAACAUAUCCCCUGAAGGACCUGUUGGGAAAGAGAGGACUUUGCAAACCCCCAAACAGAAAGAACCUGCUAGAACAUUUGAUUCUCCAGACAGUGACGAAGAAGAAAUGAAAGUAUUGCUAGGAAGCUUGAUGGACUCUUCUAGAGAAAAAAAGACGAGUCAAGGCUUCAGCAGUGUUAAUGUCAGUGAGGAAGAAGAAAGAAAACUAUUUUCGGUCCCACCUCAGCCAAGAGCAUUUACUAUGCCCAGUGUGGAACUCUCCAGCGCAAAGCCGUCUCAGACAUCACAUCUGCCACCCUCCCUGGCAGCAGAGAGAACCGUUCACAGCGCUCACUCAAGAGCAGACUCCCCACAGAGUCACGUGUCCGGUGACACCACCUCGCACACGCCGUCAGUUUCCAUCACAGGCGCCUUUUCAAAAUCAGCGUCUUUAAGAAUGGGGCACGUCAAGCUUGCGUCCUCCCCUGGAAGGAGUGAGGCUGAGCCUGUGGAUGAGCCGGUCUCAGAAGGUGCUGAUAACAGCCUCGACGAGUUUAGAAUAAAUAUUUUAUCGCUUGGCGAUCUGUCUCCAGCUGUCAGUGAGAACUCCGAUUUGGAACAGGAAGAGGAAAGUGCUCAGAGAGAGAAAACAGCUGGCAAAAUCUUCAGAGCCGAGGUGUCUGCUGGGCCGGAUGCCCCCAGGCAGGCCCAGGCGAGGAGCUGGGCAUCACAGGGAAAGGCUGCCUCUGCAGAGGGGGAUGAGAGUGAGGUCUCGGAGCAUCUCAGUGCCAGCUCGGCUCCUGCCAUCCAGCAGGACAGCAUUGCCAGCAUGCAGCCACCAUCUGAAGCCCCUGUGGUGAACACAGUCAGCUCAGCUUAUUCUGAGGAUUUUGAAAACUCUCCAAGUCUGACGGCAUCUGAGCCAACGGCCCGUUCCAAGGAGUCUCUUGACAGAACACUGGACGCUCUGUCUGAAUCCUCUUCAAGUGUGAAGACAGACCUUCCACAAACAGCCGAGGCUAGGAAAAAGUCAGGCAGGCACGUGACAAGGGUGCUUGUGAAGGACACAGCUGUGCAGACGCCGGACCCCACCUUCACCUAUGAGUGGACCAAAGCCCUGACCGCCUACAGCCCGGCCGUGCUGGCGCUCCAUGAUGUGCUGAAGCAGCAGCUGAGCCUGACGCAGCAGUUCAUCCAGGCCAGCCGGCACCUGCACGCCUCCCUCCUGCGCUCCCUGGACGCGGACUCCUUCCAGUACCACACCCUGGAGGAAGCCAAAGAGUACAUUAGGCGCCACAGACCUGCCCCGCUGACCAUGGAGGACGCGCUGGAGGAGGUGAACAAGGAGCUGUGAGCACCAGCAGGUGGAGCUUGAUGUGACAUCUAACAAAAGCAAAGCACUGCAGCAUCCCAGCGUUACCAGCGCGGCAGUUAAGACAGGAUCUUACGGCGGGGUGGGGCUCCUGGACCGUGACCGGCGUCUUCUUCCUGGGGAGUACGACUUGGACCGGGACCGUGACUGGGACCGGGAGCGGCUUCUGGAGGAGCGUGACCUGCUCCGACUUCUGCAGGGAAGGGUGCCCAACGGUCAGCAGCAGCCAGGCGUCGUGGGGAGGCCACAGGAAGAGGCCUCGGGCACUGCCCUCCUGCGGCAGCCUCUGCCUACCUGGAUCUGGAGCGGGAGUAGGAGCGGGAGCAGGAGCGCGACCUUGACCUUGAGUAGGAGCCUGAAGACUUGGAGGAUCUUGAGUUGGAGCGGGAGGAAGAACGCCCUCGACUCUUGGAUCUGCUCCGAGACCUCGAGGGUCCACUGUGGGGAGAGGCCUGAUGAUCGCGUGCCCCUGUGGCAGCCCACCCUGGCCCUCAGGUUCCUGGACGACCCCAGAUGCAGGGUGUGGCUGUGGAUAUGGCGCCAUGGCCACACAGCGGUAUCAAGUUCCUAAACAGUGUGGCCGAGCCUGCUGCUGUGCGAAUUCAGGCCGUGUGGAAAACACCGCCCCACAGGCACAGGCUGUGUGAGGGGGGACGUGCUGAGCGUGUCUGGAGUCUACUCUAAACCCUCCCAUCGCACGUGGUGGGCUCUGGCCGCCCGGCCACUGCAGACGUCUGCGCUUUACCUGUUCCUCUUCUCCUGGCCUUUCCUCCGCCGGGCCCGCAUUUUUGCUCGGAAGAACUCAUAGAGGCCGUUCUGCUCCCAGCCUUCACUGUAAGACACGGCAUUCCCUGUGUGACCACGUGACGCCCACCCACAAGGAACUCGUGGAAAAGUCAUCAGGAGUUAAUCCACAGAACCUUGGAGAGUACAUGGCUCUGUGGCUGUGGGCUCUGAGCAUGGGUGCAGCAGACCUUGGCUCAGGGUUCCCACGGGGCUGUCCUCCUGCAGCCCAGUGGCUCCUCUGGUGCCCAUGCCCUUGCCACCCUGCUGUUCCACUGAGGUGGUGGGGACUGAUGGUCUGUGGAACUGGGGAACAGGAACACUGACUCAUGGGUAGACAGGCCUACAGCCCGGCACAGGAAGAAGGGGUGACCACUGGGAAGGGUGGGCUGAGGGCCCUGUGGCAGCCGGCUGCUUGAGACGUGCCGCCAAACCACACCUUCCCUAAGUUCUUCUGAUGUGUCUCCAUUAAAAUGCCCUCCACUGAGGGCCACGUGUGUGCUGUG